GAAGGUCUAAAGUUCAGCCCUUCAGAGCUGCACAUAUAGUGUUUAGAUUUAUUUGGCAGCGGAUCUUUGUAGACUUGUGUCACUUCAACCAAGAAAGAAAAUGUCACAUUGGACUGAAAUGGAGAAAGAUGUGAGUAUUUGACCUUUUCUAUCAGAAACUAUUAUGUUAUUCUAUGUAUUCUGGCAUAAUAGAUUAAUAUUUUUGUAAUUUAUAGCCUUUUAUAAUUGGUUGCAUCCAACAUUAAGCCUAUAGACAUUUAAAAAUAACAAAAAUCUUUUAUUGGUGCUUUUUGAACACUGAAAAAGGAGCUAUAAUCAAAAUAUAUCCGGAGCAGAGUUUUAAUGACAUCAGAGGAGGGCGCUGUUUACCGAGUUUACCCUGUUUCUGACCGUCUCAUGGUUCUUUGGUGUCGGUGUUGUUUCAUGGCCGCUCGGCUCACCGUGGUCUUUCCGUGUGACAGGAGCUCGAGAGGCAGUAUUCCCCCAGCCGGUGGUCGCACAGGAUGUCCGCAGACGACGUGAUCAAGGCUCACGUGAAGGCUGUGAAAGAAGGUCAGUCUGUUUGGUCGCUGCUCACUCAACAAUACUCAGAAAUCCCGUCAGGGCGAAUAGGCAGGCCGGACACAGGUGUAAUGCAAAAUAUUAUAUCCCGGUGAAAGUCUGCUUCCAAAAUUUCAGACUCAAGAUAGAGCACAUUACUUUUAAAUUGUUAUAACAGUUGUUGGUUAUUGAUGUGUGUGUGUUUAAAUGAUAGAAACUACGAUAAAAUAUAACUCAUAGUUAACACCUUUAACAACAAAAUGUAUCAGUCAAAGGCUAUGGGCUAGUUACUUGGGAAUACAAGUAGCACUGGCUGAUUUAUUGUGUGGAAAUUCUCAAAGGAAAUGAAGCUGUCAAGAGUGUAGGUAGGUUUUUUCAUUUAUGUACAAAUAGGAAGCCUUUAAAACACCCUUUCGCUUGUAGAUAAACGUCCACACAGAACUAAAAAUGUAUGAAAAGGUUCUCUCCAUUCAUUUAUUUAAACACAGGAUUGAGACAUCAGUAAGCAAGCACACUUUGUUGCUAUUUGAGGUUUACUAGUGGGCUUAUUUUUGCCUUCUGAGUAAUUUGAAUCAGCAUCUUUACCUGCAACUUGUGGUUAAAAACUACACUCAUGUUAGGGCUGGACGAUAAAACGAUAACAAUAUCGAAAAUUAAUUUCCCUCGAUAUCGAUGUAAAACAUGGUCAAUAUGCUUUUCUAUAGUCUGCAUUCCGCCAUGUUUUGGUAGACUAUACCAAUAGCCAAUGAAAAGGGGAGUUGCUCCGGGUCACGCCGCGCGGAUCUGAUCAUGUGCCGAACCAAGUAGCAAACAACUGUGUAUUAGCAGGCUGCAGCUACGACCAUAGCACCUUGAAGGGAAAAAAAAAGAGUGGUACCCCAGUCAGAAAUGUAGAUGAAGGCUCAACAGAGGAUGACAUCGUCGACAACACUGGCACGAAAAUGUCGGUGGUGUGGAGGUAUUUUGGUUUUUGAGGUUGGACUGAGGCAGAUGCAGUAGCUUAUUGUAUUGCAAAAGACAUGCUACCAAUAAACACUGUUAAAUUUCAUUUAAGAGUAACAAGGAACAUUUAAGAUUGACAUGUGACUUUUUUAUAUCGUGAUACGUAUCGAUAUCAACUGAUAUGAAAAACUAUACCGUGAUAAACUUUUUCCUGUUUAUUGCCCAGCCCUAACUCAUGUCCCUCAUUCAUGUACAUGUGCUAUCAGUGUAAGGACAAAGAGUGUUUGUAAAUGUGACAUGCACAUAUGUGUCAGAUUUGUGGAGAUGGAAAUGGGGAUAAUUGGAGAAUAAGGGUGUCAGAAAUAUUUCCCCCCAGCCCAUGAGUUGAUGUCUUUAUUAGGGAGCUGACAGCAGGGGGUUAACAGGAAGAGAGGGGUAGAAGAUGGGGCAUGACAUCCAACAAAAGUCCACAGCCAAACUUGAAUAGAGCAUGUUGUGUUCAUGACCUGAACCCCAAACUGGUGGGCUUGCAUGGGGCCCCAUGAAACACUUCCUAUGAAUGAACCGAUAGAACAGAAAUGCCGAAUAUUGUCUGGGCCUGGGACAAAAUUCGGCAAUGAUUGUCCCAGACUCUGAGGCACACAUUUUUAUACCAUCUGGCUGCUGAUAUGACACUUUAUUUAACCAGAUAUGAUUAGAUGCUUUACCUCUGUGUGUGUUCAGGGACGGAGCGAGCCCGUGGUCUGGCCCAAACUUUGCUUAAUGUUCCAUAUGGAGAGGGAGAUGGAGAGAAGCUGGAUGUCUACAUACCAAGCACACAGUCUCUGGGUACGUAUAUGAGAUAUGAGCGACAGUUUAAUCUCACCCUGUUAUCAGGGUCUAGACAUACACACACAUGCAGAUUAACAGGUGUGAUUCCCUCUGUUUCAGACGUCCCCCUUGUUAUUUACAUUCACGGAGGCUACUGGCAGUUUCUCAGGUACACGGUUACACUCUCAUCUUUAUCACAUACAGUAUGGCAAAAAUGCGUGAUAUGCUUUUUCACAUGUUUUUAUGUUGAUGCUUCCUCUUGAUUCAGUAAGGAAGAGUCAGGAUUCAUGGCUGUGCCGCUUGUUGACAAAGGUGUAGUGGUUGUUGCAGUCGGGUAUGACAUCGCUCCCAAAGGUAGGGACUUUAAAUACAAAAAAAACUUGCAGUUUUGUGGGAAAUAAUGUUUUCUGAUAAUGACCUCUGCAUGCGCCUGUUUUCCUUUUUCAAGGUAACAUGGACCUCAUGGUGUCGCAGGUCCGCAAGAGUGUUGUGUCUGUUGUUCAGCAGUAUUCUCACAUCAGGUACCCACUCCUGUUCCCGUGUGAGUUCAUCUUUUUCCAUCGUUACAAAUCCACAGUGUGUUUCCAAUGAUUUGUUUCUGAUCCCCCUCAGUGGUCUGUACCUGUGCGGUCACUCUGCGGGGGCUCACUUGGCUGCCAUGGUCCUCUCCACUGACUGGUCUGAAUACAGCAUCACUCCUCAGAUCAAAGGUGAGGUUCAAACAGAAGUGAUAUUCAAUUAUGAUUGAAUUACAAAAUUAUUAAAGUCACUCAUGGCUACAAAACUGAGGCAAAGAUUCAUGCUGAUGUAACUUUGAAUUGUUUUCUCUGUCUUCUAGGCGCUUUCCUGGUCAGUGGCAUAUAUGACCUUCUGCCCAUCCUGUCCACCUAUGUUAAUGAGCCUUUAAAGAUGACAGAGUAUGUUCCCUAUUUUGUUACCAACUGAACUUUGUACAUUGAUUUAUAUUUGUUUACAUGUUUAAAGACAACCACGCAGCUUUUAAAACCAAGACACUAACAACAGCACUGACAGUCUAUGAAAAAAGUUUGGCGAAUUAAUGCUAAAUAGAUAUACAAGACAUGGCAAACACAACAAUAGGCUUACAGUUAAGACUUGACAACACUAGCAUAGACUUACAGAGGGUUAAAACAACAACACAGCAAGACGCAACCAAAUCAGAGGCAGAACAUCAUAAAUAGCUGCAUUACUGAACUCUCUUCAUCGUUUCCCAAUCUUCACUGAAGGCAAGUCUGGAUAAGUGCAGUGACAUAAGACUUAUGCUUUAGUUUAUCUUCCUCUUCUCAUUCCAGAUAGUUCACAUUCAAAGUGAAACAACACAGACCAGAAUAUGUCCUCAGAAUACCAAAAUACUGCAUACCAGAGCCAAACAACCCGAAUCACUAAAAAUAGCUGAGACUCCUGUCACUACUAUCUUAAUGCAACAUCAGCCUAUGCAGAAAAACACACUCUAAUCUUUGACAGAAGUUUCACGAUGAGAAAUGUACGCACCAGGCUUUGACUAAAAGGAAAAAUAGAUAGAAUAAAAGGCAGUUCCUCUUUCCUGCUGCUUGGAUUUUAUUUGUAGUUUUUCCUAAACAGUCUGACAUGACUGAUGAUGAACAUCGAAGGAUCCUCACCAGUUCACUACUGGUUGUGGUGGUCUGGGAAGGUUUAGGGAAAUACUCAGAUUAUAGACCAACUAAACAAUGGGAUUAUUGCUUUUUUCCUUUUAAACUAAUCACUCACUGUAAUCCUAUUUUCUCUUCUUUUUCUUCUUAACGCCUGCACAGAUUAGUUAAAUAGACUUCUCUGAGCUUGUGUUGUUUUGUUUUAAAAAUAGGGGUUUCUGUCAUGACAUGCUAAAUCUUUGUAAGAUGCUACAGUAUGAGCUCCUCGAUUACACAACAACAACAGCCUGACAAAUCUUACUCCCCUGGAUUUAAUCCUGAGAUUAGGAUUAUGUUCCAGAUAAGGCUGAGACUCCCUGCAGAAAUCCAUUUUUGUUUUGUUUUUUUGCAUGUAAAUUAAUUUAGAAAAGUACAUUCAAGUACAACUGUGUGUGUGUAGAAGUGUUGUCUGUAGUGAAGGAGCAGCACAUAUACAGCUCUUUGUCUGCAUCUGUAUCUGUGUGUGUGACUGUGAUUGUCCUGAGCUGCUCUGUGGUACCAGUCCCUGUUUGACCCUCUGGUUGUCUCCUGUCUGUAGAGAGGUGGCGUUGAGGAACAGCCCCAGUAAGCUGGUCCCUCAGCUCAAACUCUCCUCCUCCAGCUGUCACAUUGUCGUGGCCGUCGCUGAGAAUGACUCACCAGAAUUUCGCAAGCAGUCUGAAGAUUACUUUAAAGUCAGUGCUUUUAAAAGAACAUGGACACUAUUUUUAUUACUUUGAUUUAGCUCUCAUACCCCGAGUCCUUUGUUUUUUAAAGUUGUUCUUUUUUACUGCUCUUCGUUGACCCAGACUAUUUAAUGAACAAAUUGAAAUAUCCUUUUUCGUUACAUAUUUUUAUAUGGUAGGGAAUGUUUCCUUUUCCUUACUUCUUUGUCCUGACUUUGCAGACUGUCGAGGCAUCUGGACUAAAUGUCAGCAUGGAGGAUGUAGCAAACACAGACCACUUCAGUAUCAUUGAGCAACUGGUUGAUGGAGAGUAUCAUCUAACUAAGGUAUAUGCACUCAAACCUAAGACGAUUUUUCUUUCCUGCAAUUUCUAGUAGCUCUACAAAAUCAGUGAAAACCUUGGGGCUGUUCUAUAACCAAAACUCAUGAGUUUUGUGAUCUUAAUGAAGCUUACCUGGUCAAACAAUUCUAAAUAAAUAAACUUGAAUAUAUUCCCUCUCUGCAGCUCCUCCUGAAGAUGAUGGGGAAGAGCUGAGGUGGCAGUCUUGGAUCUGUCUACUGAAAUCAACAUACCUCCAUAUCAACAUACACCUCUAGACGGAGUCAUUGUGCACUGAUACUAAUAAAAUAUGCAUCAUUCAGGUUUGUACAAUGGUAAAUGUGCAACAUCUUAUCACACUGAUUAACUCUGAGGUGGCAUGGAUUGUGUUGACUGUCCAGUUUACUGUUUCGAUAGUUGUGUUAACUGUAGACAAUACUGUCAGACAAUGUCCAAGCAAAGCUUCAUAUUUUCCAGCCACAGUAUUGUAUUACAAAGACGUUGUGUGCCUAAACCACUUUAAAGGAUGACUGUUCUCUCAAACUAACUACAGGUUUGGCUUAUCAUGCUGAGUUACAAAAAGCUGUAGUGCACAACAUUAUCAUCGGGAAAUACUUUUCCUCGGGUAUACUGAGUCCAUUAUUUGUUUUGGCAUAUUUCCAAUAGUUGGUGUAAGGGCGGGACUGUCUGUUCUUUGUUUUUUUUUCCUGUGACCAUUGCACCACAACUCUAAGUCAGUGAGUUGGAAAAGAGUAGCAGCUCAUGUAUAUCUUACUGAUGGAACGCACAGAACGAAUGUAGCUUUUAAUUGUAAUCUCCACAAUUAAAAUAUGUCACCCAGGGAAUUUUAACAUAUUGCUACACUUGAAAAAUGUUGAUAAUCAAAACUAUAUUUGCACUUUUAUUUGAUCCUAAUAUUGUUUUUCUAUAUGCACAUUGUAAAGAACAAAUGGGACUAUAUCAAGCUUAUGCACAUUGUUACUGACUACCCUCAUUCUAGCAUAUUAAAUAAAUGUUUACAGUAAUGUUUA